UCGCUUGCUCCCCGGCUCGCUGCUGCUGGCGUGGUCGGCCGUCAUAUUCCAGAGAAUUCCCAAAUAUUGUGGAGGCGACAGGCGGCUUUGUGCUGGAAGAUGGUGGCGAAGCAGAGGAUCCGCAUGGCGAACGAGAAGCACAGCAAGAACAUCACGCAGCGAGGAAACGUGGCCAAGACGCUGGUGAGUGACAGCAGGCGGCGGGAACUCAGCGACCGCAAGAGGAAAAGUACCCAGUGGGUCCCUGGCUGCUUGCCCUCUUUGUAUUUGUGGUGUGUGGCUCAGCAAUAUUUCAGAUCAUCCAGAGUAUCCGCAUGGGAAUGUGAUCCACAAGCAAGACCUGGACCUCCUUCACGCCUUCACUGGUCCUCUCGUCCGGUGCUGACUGAUUUUCUCCGCACAGUCUCAGAGGACGGCGGCGGCCGUCUUGUUCCUCACCUGGCGUCUACGUGUGUGUGAGCACAGGUGUGAGACUCUCCUCGUCCUCCGCUGCCUGGCCAGCGAGUCCUGCUGACUAUGUGCCGGUCUUCUGCACGCACACCUUCUAUUCUAGUAAAGAUUCUGCAUUUGGCAAGGA